CAACACUAAACACACUGCCAGGUGCGCUGUCUCCGUUUGCUUUUGUCUCUACCGACUGGUUCCUGGCAGUCACCUCGAUUUCUCCGCACAACUUUUAGGGCAAGUGAGAAAUCAUCCCUUCAUCAACACCACACCGACUCAUCAUCAAACACUCAACCCACCAGUCACCGCACCGAGUCAAGACUUGCUUGCCCACCAUGCCAACCCCCACCCCCAACAAAUGCGACAACCCAUCGUGCCCCCUUCCCGAGGGGAGCCCACCAACCCCCCUCCUCCUCUGCUCCCGGUGCCGCGCAACCCGCUACUGCAGCCAGACCUGCCAGGCCGCCUGCUGGGCCUCCCACAAGCGCCAGUGCCGCCGGCUCAACUACAUCAUCAAGUUCCGGCUCGCGCCGGCGCACAUCACGGACCCGCGCGUGGAGCGCACGCUCUCCUGCCCGGCCAACGCGCCCUUCUACGCGCUGCACCUGGCGCUGCAGACGGCGUUCGGGUGGGCGACGACGCACUCGUUCGACUUCGCCGUCAAGGACCCGGCCUACGUGCCGCCGCCCCCGGGCGACCUGCUCGCGCACGUCCAGCAGAUCAUGGCCGUCGACGGCCGCGGCGAGAGGCCCGCUUCGGCCCCGCGCGAGUACCUGCUGCGCGUCGUCGACCCGGUCCAGGGCGAUCGUUUUUCGGGGAUCGAUCGCGCUCAUGAGCCCCAGCGCCGCCACCCGCAUACGGUGGAGAAGAAGAGUGAUGAUUGGUGCUUGUGGCAGUUGUUGGAGAAGAGGGAGUACCAGGGGAAGGAACUGGUCUACACUUACGACUUUGGUGACAACUGGGAGCACUAUUUCACCGUGGAGGGCCGGGGUGAGUUUACGGAUCACUUUGUCUGUCUCUCAGGGACCGGCCAUCCCGUCGGCGAGGAUGUUGGUGGCAAUAAGGGGUGGAAUGACCUCAAGGCCGCCUACCUCGCCGAGCGACCGACUGAGGACCAGCGGGACAGCCGUAAGUGGUACGAGACUCGCACCAGAAAUGGUGAUCCCAAGGGUCUGGCGGGCGACAGAGUCAAUGUGUGGGACAUGGCCCAGGUGAACCGCGACUUGGUGGACAUGCUCGACCGAUUUGAGCGCAUGGCCGAUCAGGCUGCGAGCGAGAGGGACAUGCUCAGAGACCGGCUUGGGGUGUAGUCUAAAAGAGAUACCGUGGUGCGGCCUUCCCAGAUAGCUCCAGCCUGCUUGGCAUUGGGAAUUGGCACCGCGGUCACUGCUUCCCGGCCCCUGACUGAGAAAAAGUCCGACGGUCCGAGAAGCAAAACACCAAUGCGCGGCACAGAUAGACCGUCGACCCCACAACUCUGUAACAGCACGUCUCCAACUAUCGAACGAAGAAUUCGUU